AUGACGACGGCGGCGGCGUGGCAGCCGGUGGCGCUGGACGCCGAGUUCUCGCCGGAGGUGGCCGCGCUGCUCAUCUCGGAGCGCGGGCGCCGGCAGCUCUCGUCCCGCCUACGCAGCAGAAACGAGGCCCUCAGGACCAAGGUCAGGAAGCACCUGGUGGCGCUCGGGUGGACGAUCGUGUCCAGGCGCAACGCCGCCAUGGCGCCCAGGCUCCGCUACGAAUCCCACGACGGCAAGACCUACUGCUCCCUCCCGGACCUCAUCGUCGCCGCGGGGGCCACCCGGUCCCUUCUUGAUGACCAGCAUCCUCCACCUCCACCACCAGAAACCAACAAGAUUUAUAACGACGACGACGACGAUCCGGCGCCAACGCCAACGCAGCAGGAGGACGCCAACGCCAUUGCCGAGUACGUGGCCCUCAUGGCGUCCAAUCACCGGGCCAUGGGCCCCACGGCGGACCGGCUGCGCGCUAGCGCCAAGAGGCAGCUCCAGGCGUCCGGGUGGAGCUUCUGGAUGAAGCUCAAGAGCGACGGCCGGGAGGAGCUGCGCUACAAGGCGCCCACCGGCCGCUCCUACCCCUCCCUCCACACCGCCUGCCAGGCCUUCACCUCCACUCCAUCGGAAUCCACCACCGCCCCAACCACCGGCAACAGGAAGAAGAGGAAAAUAUCCGAGCUACUACGAAUCAGUUCUGGUUGUGGCAGCGGCGGCGGCGGCCCCAGGAAGAAGAAGAAAGCCGCCGGAUCGUCGCGCGUGCUGCGGCCCAGCUGCGAGGCGGCGGCGGCGACGUGCCCGCGCCGCGCGAGGACGCUGCUGUCGGUGCUGAUCGACGAGGGCAUCCUGGUGCCGAGGGACAAGGUGACGUACAGUGCGGCGGCGGCAACAAGCAGCAAGGUCGGGCUGAUCACCGGCGACGGGGUGAUCCGAUGCACGUGCUGCGGCAAGGCCUUCACGGUCGCGGAGUUCGAGGCGCACGCCACGCGGGGGAGGCGCACGGCCGGCCGCCCCUGGGCGCGGCUGUUCCUCAAGGACGGCAGGUCGCUGUCGCAGUGCCUCGUGGAGCUCAUGAGGCGCGACGACGACAGGAAUAACAAAGGCAUGCGACGAGUGGUGAGGCUCAAGGAGGCAUGCCUGGACCCCGGCGGCGACUCGGUGUGCUCCAUCUGCAACGACGGCGGCGAGCUGCUGCUCUGCGACCACUGCCCGUCGGCGUUCCAUCACGACUGCCUCGGCCUGCCGGCGGCUUCUGCUUCUCCAGACGAAGAAGAAGAGUGGUUCUGCCCGUGCUGCAGGUGCGCCGCCUGCGGUGGCAGCGACUUCGACCCUGCUGAUCCUGACGACACGACCCGGCGGCCAUUGACGGACAAGACCAUCAUCUACUGCGAGCAAUGCGAGCAUGAGUACCAUGUCGGCUGCGUGGAAGGGGGCCUCCAACUGCAGCAAGGGCCGUGGCUCUGCAGCCCCGGGUGCGAGAGGGUUUUCCGGCAUCUGCAGGGCCUCGCGGGCACCUCGAUCCCGACCUCAGCUGAGGGCGUGUCGCUGGCCAUCCUGCGACGACGAUCCGACGACCAACAAGGCGUAUCCUCAGAGGAAGCCAUGGCCAUGGAGCACGGGAAGCUUCGCGCGGCGUUGGACGUGCUCCACGAAUGCUUCGUGCCCCUGGUGGAGCCCCGCACGCAGAGCGACCUCAGCGCCGACGUGGUCUUCAACCGGGAGUCGGAGCUGCGGCGCCUGCAGUUCCGGGGAUACUACGUGGUGGGCCUGGAGAAGGGCGGCGAGCUCGUGACCGUGGCCACGCUCCGGGUGUACGGGAACAAGGUGGCGGAGCUGCCGCUGGUGGGGACUCGCUUCGCGCACCGCCGCCAGGGGAUGCUCCGGCUGCUCAUGACGGAGCUGGAGAAGAUGCUGGCCCGAGACCUGGGCGUCCACAGGCUGGUGCUGCCUGCGGUGCCUGAGCUCCUGAGGAUGUGGACGGGAUCCAUGGGCUUCAGGGCCAUGACGCACUCCGACAAGCUGGAGGUCGCCGACCACACCAUCCUCUGCUUCCAGGGAACCACCAUGUGCCAAAAGUCCCUCCUUGCUGCUGCUGCUGCUUCUUCUUCCGGAUACUUGUGUACAUGA